AUGACUGAGCCAAAAAGAAAACACAAUGACAAGUCCCGGCAAGACUUUCCUCCUCGUCGUGCUCCUCACAACCGCGAUAAUGAUGCAGAGAACCGAAUGCGGGUGCAUCGACGACUUGAACCGCUGCACGGGAUGGACGACCGCGGCGUCCGGCGUCUUCUGGCAGAGCUGUCACGAUCACUGCCGGAGUCAGGGCCGGCGCGGUGGGGAUUGCGUGGAGGUGGACAACACCUGCUUGUUUUUACCCGCCAUUGUCAGAGUUAAGCAAUGCCAGUGCUACUGACGGCACGGCGUCUGAAACCCUUCUGUUGGGAAUUUAUUUCGGUCGUUUAUAAUAAAAGUCUCGGCGAGAGGUAUUA